GCCAAAGUCACUGCAUAUACCUGGAAGUCCCUUCUCAUUUCCUCGUCUCUGCACACCCACCCACACACACACACACAGAUUCGAAGUCUCUCAUCAAUGGCGACCAGAGACGACCAAGUCAACCUGAACCCCAAUCCCACCAUCACACAACCAAUCUUCAUCUCCACACCAACACUCCAUUCCCUCCUCACCCACAAAACCCUAAUCCAUCACCUCCAAAACGCCCUCCCCUCUCUCUCCCCCACCAUACAAUCCCCAAUCCGCCAAACCCACCAAACAAGCCCUAAUUCCUCUCUCCUCCUCAUGCCUUCUUGGUCUGUCUCUCCUUCGCUUCCCUACAUUGGCGUCAAACUCGUCACCUACCACCCCAACAACUCCUCCCUAAACUUACCCGGAGUGCACGCAAGCUACAUCCUCUUCAACUCCCUCACUGGCCAAACCCUAGCUUCCACGGACGCCACCGAACUCACCCUUUACCGUACUUCAUGUGUCUCAGCUUUGGCUUCAAAGUACUUAUCAAGAAAUGAAUCAGAAGUCCUUGUUAUGGUAGGCGCUGGUUCUUUAGCAUCACAUUUGAUCAAAGCUCAUUUGACUGUAAGGCCAAGUGUAAAGAGGGUUGUUGUUUGGAAUAGAACAACAGAGAAAGCGAGGAUUUUGGUUGAAAAGUUGCGCGGUGGAGGUGAAUAUGAAGAUGUGUGUUUUGAGAGCAGGGGGUGUUUGGAGGAGGUGGUGGGAUUGGGGGAUAUAGUGAGCUGUGCCACAAACUCGGAAACGCCAAUGGUGAAGGGGGCUGAGUUGAAGGAGGGAGCGCAUUUGGAUUUGGUUGGGUCGUUUACAAGUUCAAUGAGAGAGUGUGAUGAUGAAGCCAUAGGGAGGGGGAGGGUGUUUGUUGACAAUGAGGCGGCAUUGGUUGAGGCUGGUGAGUUGGUGGGUGCAUUUGAGAGAGGGGUGAUAACUAGGGAUCAGAUUGCUGGAAACCUGGUGGAGUUGAUGAAAGGAGAGAAGGUGGGGAGGACGGAUGAGAGAGAGGUAACGGUGUUUAAAUCAGUAGGUUCUGCAGUUGUGGAUCUAUUGAGUGCCCAAUUUGUGUAUGAGACUUAUGUGAAUGAUGAGGUUCAUGAAUAAGCAUGGAUCAUGGAGACCAAGACUCUGUUCCAGUCCCAGUUGGCAAGGGCUGCAGGGAAAAAUCAUGGAUUACAGAAGCAUUGCUUCUAGCAUUUGGUUUCUAUUCAAGAUAGUGUAAUACUGUCAUCCUCUCCUGUUUCUCCUCCUAUUCUCAGAUGGAAAGUUCUCUGAUCUAGUGUUUUUUUUUCUUCCCAAAAAACUCAGUAUUUUUAGUAUUUCUUGUAAGGCACUGCUCAUAUAGGUAGCUUUUCUUUUCCAAUAGUUGUGUCCUUAUUUGGUCCAGUAUUCAGUACUUGCUCAUUGCAUGCCAGCCUAAUAUUAGUCUACCACAUGUUUAAGUUUAAAAAUAUCAUUUCAAUUUUAUCCAUGUUGAAGGGAAACAAGUGUUCAGAUGUAUAACAAUUUCAA